GUGCACCCAACCACUUAAGAAUAUGGAAGAAAAACAUUUCUCAAAUAUCUUCUCACUAAUUAGCUCACUAGUAACCCCCUUAAUUAACUUCACAAAAUUAGGGAUGAUCAUUCCACUCUUACUAUCCCUCUUAUUCUUAAACUUCAUCAAAACCACAAUUAUGAAUCUUUUACCUCCAAAAUCCACAAAGAUUCCAAGAUCAUACCCUCUCAUAGGCUCACUCUUCACCAUCACCGCCAACAACCACCGCCGCAUCCAGUGGAUCGCCGACGUGCUCGCCACCACCCCCACCCUGACGUUCGUCCUCCGCCGCCCCCUCGGCUACGCCCAGGUCUUCACCGCCAACCCCGCCAACGUGGAGCACGUCCUGAAAUCCCGCUUCCACGUGUACGAGAAGGGGGACAUCUCGAAGGCGGCGCUCUACGACCUGAUGGGGCGGGGCAUAUUCAACGUCGACGGUCCCACCUGGAAGUUCCAGAGACAGGUGGCGAGCUACGAGUUCAGCACCAAGUCCCUUCGGAAGUUCGUGGGGACCGUCGUGGAUGCGGAACUCGCCGGGAGGCUAGUUCCCGUCUUGGACGCCGCCGCUGAACGUGGCGGGGUCCUGGACAUGCAGGACGUCCUGCAGAGGUUCGCGUUUGACAAUAUUUGCAAGAUCGCGUUCGGGUACGACCCAGAAUAUUUGUUGCCUGAUCUCCCAAACGCGAAGCUUGCUGUGGCCUUUGAUGAAUCUAUGCGGAUCAUAAGCGAACGGUUCAACUCGGCCAUGCCUCUGGUAUGGAAAGUGAAGCGGGCCCUUAACGUAGGGUCGGAAAGGAAGCUUCGCGAAGUGGUGGGCCAGGUCCGAGGAUUCGCCAGAAGAUUGAUCCGGGAAAAGCGGGUUGAGCUGGUAGGGAAAUCGCCGACACAAGAUUCCAUUGACCUCCUGUCACGGUUCCUGACCAGCGGCCACUCCGACGACGACGAGCUCAUCACCGACAUCGUCAUCAGCUACAUCCUCGCCGGCCGCGACACCACCUCCGCCGCCAUGACCUGGUUUUUCUGGCUCGUUUUUAAGCACCCCGCGGUGGAAGAUGAGAUUGUUCGUGAAGUCGCCGCCGCCGCCGCAGAAACUCCGGUAUACGACGAAAUGAAAGAGAUGGUGUACACUCACGCCGCCCUCUGCGAGACCAUGAGGCUGUACCCGCCGGUGCCGGUGGACACGAAAUCGGCGGCGGCAGACGACGUUCUUCCGGACGGGACGGCGGUGAAAAAGGGGACAAGGGUGAGCUACCACCCCUACGCAAUGGGGAGGGUGGAGGCGGUCUGGGGGGAGGACUGGCGCCAAUUCCGCCCCGAGCGGUGGCUCGGGACGGAUUCCGCGACGGGGAAGCGGGUUUUCACGGGCAAGGACCCGUUCAAGUACCCGGUGUUCCAGGCCGGGCCCCGGGUAUGUCUGGGCAAAGAGUUGGCUAUGCUCCAGAUGAAGAGGGUGGUCGCCGGAGUUCUGCGGCGGUUCAGGGUGGUUCCGGCGAUGGGCGACGGGUUUGUGCCGGAGUACACGGCGGACAUGACGUCGAAAAUGAAGGGUGGAUUUCCUGUCCGGAUUGUGAGGAGGCAUAUAUGAUAGGUGAUGAUAUGUGUUGCUGCUGUUAUGUGUUGUACUCUAUGCAUGCACGUAUGUACCUAGUAUCUUUAUUACUAUGAAUUCCUGCACUAUAAUUAUAUUGUCUCUAUGUAAUUAAAUUUGUUAAUGAUAAUAGUAAUUAUGUGAUCAUGUUGUUAAAUUGAUUACGUGACACGUAGGCUAUAGAAAAACUUAAACUUUUUUAUUCCUUAAAUAUGACUUAAUAAUGACCAGUAAGAAGAAUAAUAUCCAAGUGAUGCUUGACAUUAUAGUUGAAUAAUGACUAAUAGAUAAUGACCAAUAUG